UAUGAUUUUAUUAAAAUUUGAGGUUAAGUUAACAUUUAGCGGCAUUGUGAAAUUUAGAUUUUCUGGAUUUUCCGUGUUUUUCUCAAAUUUUCUCAAGUGUUCAAAAGAUAUCAAGGAAUUUAAAGGAUGUCUAGCGCAAAUGGUGAUGAAAUAAAGGAUGAGGAUGUAAUAAAAAUCCUCGUUACAACAGACAAUCAUUUGGGUUACGCUGAAAAGGAUUCCAUCCGGGGAGAUGACAGCUUUAUUGCCUUCGAGGAGUGCCUGCAGAAAGCUCAUGAGCAUAAUGUGGACAUGAUCCUCCUAGGUGGGGAUCUCUUUCAUAUUGCCAAUCCAUCUCAGAAUUCUUUCAAUCGUUGCAUAAAAUUGCUGAGGAACUAUGUUCUCGGAGAUAGUCCCAUUGAAUUGGAGUUCCGGAGUGAUCAGACGGUUAAUUUUUGGGAUGCUCUCAAUCGUACUGUCAACUACGAGGAUCCCAAUAUGAAUAUCUCAAUCCCAGUAUUCUCCAUUCAUGGGAAUCACGAUGAUCCAAGUGGAUUUGGGCGCCUUAGCUGCAUCGAUAUCUUGGCCAGUACAGGAUUGCUCAAUUACUUUGGGAAAUGCCUCAAUCUUGAGAAAGUCGUUGUGACUCCACUCAUGAUUAUUAAGGGUGCAACGAAGCUUGCUCUCUCUGGCAUCAGUCAUAUCCACGAUUCGCGUUUUGUGCGUCUAAUGGAAAGCGGAAAUGUGAUUUUUGAGAAUGCCACCAAUGAAGCUGAGUGGUUUAACUUACUUGUGCUGCAUCAAAAUCGUGCUGAUAGAGGACGAAAGAAAUUCAUUCCCGAAGAGACUCUUCCCAAAUUCUUCGAUCUGAUCAUCUGGGGCCAUGAACAUGAUUGCCAAAUUGAACCAGAACUGAAUCAGAAGACAAAGUUUUUUGUCUCUCAGCCAGGAUCUACAGUUGCCACGUCCCUUAGCGAGGGCGAAUCAAUUCCCAAGCACUGUGGUAUCCUGAAGAUUCACCGCAAUCAAUUUGAUAUGACUGCCAUCCAGUUGCAGACGGUACGCCCCUUUGUCUUUGGGAAUUUGAACAUGGAAGAUCACGAAGAAGAGCUCAAUGAACCACGUACAAAGCUCGAGAAUCAGAUUCAUAAAUUGGUUACUCGGAGAAUUGAAGAGAUGAUUGUGAAAGCAAAGGAACAAAUUUCAGGACACCCAAAGCAGCCAACUUUGCCCCUUAUUCGUCUUCGGGUACAAUACAGCCAUGAUAGUUACUCCUUCACUCCCAAUGUCAUUCAUGUGCAGUUCUUCAAUAGAGUCGCCAAUCCAAAUGAUAUUGUAACGUUGCACAGGCAGGUCUCUAGGACAAAGCAAGAUAUAAAGAGGGAUGAGAAGGCGUUCUCUGAUGCUUUCGACCAAGAGCGUCAGAAUGAAGAUUUUCAAGUGGAGGACGUUGUCAAUCGCUACUUCACCGCCGUUGAUGGUGCCAGGAAGUUGGAUGUAUUGUCCACAAAGUGCCUCGGGGAAGUGUGUCGUAACAUACUGCGUGAAGAUGAUGAUGCUGCAGAGAAGAUGAUAACUUACAGCGUUGAACUUUCAUUGAAUCACCUCAAAGAGAAGAUACCCGAGAAAGAGGCCAUUGAUGAUGAGCUGGCUGAAUUUACGAAUAAGAUUGAUGAAAACUUCAACAAAGCUCUCCAAAUGCUGGAGAAGAGUGGUUCAGUGAAGACUGUUUCUGCUGCUCGAGAUGCCUUCAGUUCAAUUGCAUCAGAUGAUGAGCUAGGCAGCAAUGAUGUUGCUCCAACAACAUCUUCUGGAUCCAGAGGUGCAAGCACCAGGGGACAAACUGCAACAACUCGUGGCCGUGGUAGAGCUCCCAGGAGGGGUCGUGGUGCAGCUAAAGCUUUGGAAAUAACUACCUCGAAGAAACAACCAUCAAUUCAGGAAUCUCUCUCUCAAUCCCAAAGCACUUCACGUCAGACCAGAUCAACAAGGAGCAACCGCAAAGUUGUUUAUGAUUCUGACUCAGAGUGAUUAAGUUUUUAGAUGAUUUAUAUUACUUUAUAUUAUUACUUUUAUUGUAAAAUCAAUUAAACUUACAUUCCGGUAA